AAGGAGCCUCGCCUUUAUUGUUUUUCCGCUCUCCACCCUUCUUUCUCCCCUGACCCCAAAAGCAAUUUGUCGCAAUCUCUCAAUCCUCAAUGGCCGAUCAGAAUAGCAACAACACUUCAAUAAUGGAAUCGAAGCCUUUACACCCACUUCACCAAAUCGCAGAAACCCCAACUCACAAGUUACUACUUAAGCAAUGGCUUAAAGAAGAAGAACUCAUCCUCAAUAGAAUCGCCGCCAAAGAAACCCAAAUCGAUUCGGUCCGCAACGAAAUCACCCAGCUCUACUGCAUCUUUUUUCUCUUCCACUCCAUUUCACUUAUGCUUUUAUUUAGUGCCUCCUCGAAAUGGGCUUCUAAAAGUGGGCUCUGCCACCGUUCUUGGAUCCCAUCUCUGUGUUCUCUGCUCUGUUCUCUGGGUAUCAUUUGGGCUGUUCGGUACAAGACGGAUACGGAGAGUCACUUAGAGAAACUGUUGGAGAGAGAGAAAGAGGACGGGAAACUAUUGGCGAGGUGUGUGGAGGAAUUGAAGAGAAAAGGGGUGGAGUUUGAUUUGUUGAAAGAGGUUGAUGCUCUUAGGAGGGCUAAGAGUUUGAGGGUUGAAACUAAGGUUGUUAAAAAAUGGUCUGCUAGAGACUUUGUGUCUCUAUUUUUCUUCUCUGUUUCUUGCCUCGUACUCGCCGUAACUAGGUUCAUUUUGUGUGGUUGAAACUCACAGGGUGACGAGAAUACUAGAUUGGCUGCUGCAUCUUCUCUUUUAUGCUCUACAACAUUUGUACCCUUCUUUUUUGUGAAGUUGUAAACUGAAAAGUAUGAAGCUUUUGGCUUCUAAUCAUGUAGUAGUAGAAGAAAAUUGAUUAAUAGGAGGUGAAGGGAAGUUGCAGAAUAUACUGUUCUGCUUUUGGUUAUUUUGGUGACUAUUCUUUUUGUAUCUUUGCAGUUAACAGAAUCUUAUUUGGCAAUAAAUGUUUUUAACAUU